AUGGAGUUGGAGGCGGAGUCACCCUCAAGUAUAGUCAUCCCAGGACCGGAGCUGCGCGAGAAAGUUGACAACUUCGCCGCUCGACUGAGCACAUUAGAUAAGCGCAAAGCCGAUGAGAUGAUCGCCAAGUUGUUGGCUUCCCAGAAACGCAACCAGUACCUUUACGUGGACUUUUCCCAUAUCUUCUAUCCUUACUUUUUGAGCAAACUAACGGAGUUUCGCCAGAACCCGGAUCGCGUCCCCGAGAAAAAGAAGACGGCCUCGACCAGCGAGGCCAGCGGGGGGUCGGAUCCGAAUGGGGGUUUAAAAACCACCACCACCAUUACCGCGGAUGGCAUCGUGCGGACGAUGGGGAGCACCCACCCCCAGCAAGAUCCCAAACGCGAGAAACUUCUGCGGGAGGCCAAGCUAAGGGCGAAGCGCUACCUGGAGGACCCUUUUCCGAAUUACUAUUCCUUUAACUUCAAAGGCGGUUCGCUCGAUAUCCCGGCGUUGGUGAUGGAUACGAUGUCCUGCACGGCCCAAUAUGUGGCCAAGUUCGGCGAGAGUUUUCUCAUCGCGGUUCAGUCCAAACAAAAGCACAACCCCGCCUUUCGCUUUCUCAAAACGGAGGAUGUGCGGCACGAGGGGUUUCUCGCCCUGGUGGAAUCCUACAAACGGAUUUUGAAUUUCCCAGAGGACGAAACCGAAACGCGGCUGGAGAAUCUCCAAAAGCGGGAGUACGUCUUGCGGACCGUCUUGGCGGCGAAGACGGCCUACAUCCACGCGGCCGUGGCGCGACGCAAAGCCGCGUUAUUGACCGAUGAGGAGCUCCAGGCGAAGCUGCAGUGGGGCUUUUUUGAGGUCCUUCGAAGCUUCAGCCUGGGGGAUUUAUUCCUCGAUGGCCCCUUGCCGGAAGCUCUUGGGGGGGCGCGGGAUGGCGGGAUCGAGGACAAUCGAGCAAACAGGGGGCAUCCGGGGCUCUCCGAGCCCCCCAAAACCCUCCGCCCCCCCGGGGAGGUGCCGGGGUUUCGGCCGGUCUACCUGAGCUCGGAUUUGGUCCACCCCGUCGAGGACAAAGACGCGCGAUCGGGCGAGGAGGGGGAGGACCCGACGGCCCCCUUUCCCUCUUCUCCCGCGGGGGAGGGGGGGGUGGUGGUGGCGGAGCAUUACACCGCCCGCGUGGUCGCCCCAGUGCGUCGUGGCAUCGAAUACUUCGUCGACGCCGAGAGGGGGGAAAAAAUCCGCGUGGAGGACUUGCAAAAGACCCGAGUUGGUGGGGAAUCCGGGACCGAGAAACGCGGCCGCGAGAGCUACGGUUUGGCGUCGGAGGAGGGGAUGGCUCGGGAAUUGCAGCGCCGCGCGCGUGAGCGGAAGUAA